AUGGUGCUCCUGCUGGUCAUUCUCAUCCCGGUUCUUGUCAACUCUGCUGGGACAUCUGCACACUACGAGAUGCUGGGCACCUGCCGCAUGGUCUGCGACCCCUAUGGGACCAAGCCCCCCAGUACUGCUACUGCAGAGACGGUGCGGGAUCAUAGCCUUCUUCAGUCCUUGCCCACCUUCAUCCAAGGACCCAAAGGAGAACCUGGGCGACCAGGAAAGGCUGGUCCUAGGGGACCUCCGGGUGAGCCAGGACCUCCUGGACCAAUGGGACCUCCAGGAGAGAGAGGGGAGCCGGGAAGACUUGGUCUUCCAGGUCCUCCUGGAGCUCCUGGGCUAAAUGCUGCUGGGGCUAUCAGCGCCGCUACCUACAGCACAGUACCCAAGAUCGCCUUCUAUGCCGGGCUCAAGAGGCAACAUGAGGGCUAUGAGCUGCUUAAGUUUGACGAUGUGGUCACCAACUUGGGCAAUCAUUACGACCCAACCACCGGCAAAUUCACCUGCUCCAUCCCUGGCAUUUAUUUCUUCACCUACCAUGUCCUGAUGAGGGGUGGAGAUGGCACCAGCAUGUGGGCAGAUCUCUGCAAGAACAACCAGGUCCGGGCUAGCGCAAUCGCACAGGAUGCCGACCAGAAUUACGACUAUGCCAGCAACAGCGUAGUCCUGCACCUAGAGCCUGGCGACGAAGUAUAUAUAAAACUGGAUGGCGGCAAAGCUCAUGGCGGUAACAAUAACAAAUAUAGCACAUUCUCAGGAUUUAUCAUCUACGCUGAUUGAGGAUAUUUCGCCUAUGGCAAAGACUUGUAUCUUCCCAUAUGUAGCCCCGUUGUGGCAAAAUCUUUGGGCUGCAGACUCGAUAGUGCUGGAAAGACACUUGUUAUUAUGGACCCUAUAAAGUAUGGAGAUCCACUGCUACCUGACUUA